AUGUCCUCGGUCCAGUCCCUCACUAUCGCUGUCAACGCUAUGGCAUCUCAGUUCAACAACCAGCAACAGCAACAAAACCGCCCGCGCCUUGCCCGCCUCACCGAUGAAGAAAGACUAUACUUGGAGAACAACAACGGCUGUUUCAAGUGCCGCCGACCCAAUGCCGGACAUUACUCCUGGGACUGUGGGAAAAACCGCAAUACGCCCCGACCUCCCAGGUCCCAGGCCGUCAACAACAUUGCUUACGUGGGCAACCCCCCAACAGACCAGUCGGGAAAUGCCCCCAGCAACUAG